GGUCAGGAAGGCCCAGAGGCCGCCCCGCGCAGUCUGGGCUGGGGCCAGGUGUCUCGGACGGGCAGGCCGGCCUGUGGCGCUGCGGGGCGGUCCGAGCCAGGGGCGGGCAGGGGCCGGACCCUUGGCUUUGGUCCCAGCGGGCGGCGCCAAAGCGCGAACGGUCCCGGUCCCUCCCAGGCGGGAGCAGCACAGGCGGUGCCCCGGCGGCCGCGGAGCCAUGGACGGCAGCGGGCCCUUCAGCUGCCCCAUCUGCCUGGAGUCGCUCCGGGAGCCGGUGACGCUGCCCUGCGGCCAUAACUUCUGCCUCUCCUGCCUGGGCGCACUCUGGCCCCACCGCGGCGCGGGUGGAACCGGUGGGCCGGGAGGCACGGCCCGCUGCCCGCUGUGCCAGGAGCCCUUCCCCGACGGUCUGCAGCUCCGCAAGAACCACACGCUGUCCGAGCUGCUGCAGCUCCGCCAGGGAUCGGGCCCCGGGCCCGGCCCCGGCCCCGGCCCUGGCCCAGCCCCGGAGUCGGCGGCGCCCAGUGCGCCGCCCAGCGCCCCGGAGCCGUCUGCGCCCUGCGCGCCCGAGACUUGGCCGGCGGGCGAAGAGCCGGUGCGCUGCGACGCGUGCCCCGAGGGCGCCGCCAUGCCCGCCGCGCUCUCCUGCCUCUCCUGCCUCGCUUCCUUCUGCCCCGCGCACCUGGGCCCGCACGAGCGCAGCCCCGCGCUGCGCGGACACCGCCUGGUGCCGCCGCUGCGCCGGCUGGAGGAGAGCCUGUGCCCACGCCACCUGCGGCCGCUCGAGCGCUAUUGCCGCGCGGAGCGCGUGUGCCUGUGCGAGGCCUGCGCAGCCCAGGAGCACCGAGGCCACGAGCUCGUGCCGCUGGAGCAGGAGCGCGCGCUCCAGGAGGCCGAGCAGCCCAAAGUCCUGAGCGCUGUGGAGGACCGCAUGGAUGAGCUGGGCGCCAGCAUCGCACAGUCCCGGCGCACGGUGGCCCUCAUCAAGAGUGCAGCCGUGGCAGAGCGGGAGAGGGUGAGCCGGCUGUUUGCUGAGGCUGUGGCCAUCCUCCAGAGGUUCCAGACAGAGGUGCUGGGCUUCAUCGAUGAGGGGGAGGCGACCAUGCUGGGCCGCUCCCAGGGCGACCUGCGGCGGCAGGAGGAACAGCGUGGCCGGCUCAGCCGGGCCCGCCACAACCUCAGUCAGGUCCCCGAAGCUGACUCAGUCAGUUUCCUGCAGGAGCUCCUGGCACUCAGGCUGACACUGGAGGAGGGGUGUGGCCCUGGGCCUGGUCCCCCGCAGGAGCUCAGCUUCACCAAGUCAUCCCAGGCUGUGCGGGCAGUGAAAGACAUGGUGGCUUCAGCCUGCAGCAGGCAGUGGGAGCGGCUGCGGGGGCUGAGCAGUGAGGAGGACGGGCUGCAGAAGCCAGGCCCAGAAGAUACUGAGUCCCAGGACCCUGAUAGCACCAACAACCUGGAGAGUGAGGCUCCCCGGGAUUACUUCCUCAAGUUUGCCUACAUCGUGGACCUGGACAGCGACACGGCAGACAAAUUCCUGCAGCUGUUUGGAACCAAAGGUGUGAAGAGGGUGCUGUGUCCCAUCAACUACCCCGAGUCGCCCACCCGCUUCACCCACUGUGAGCAGGUGCUGGGCCAGGGCGCCCUGGACCGGGGCACCUACUACUGGGAGGUGGAGAUCAUCGAGGGCUGGGUCAGUGUAGGCGUCAUGGCCGAAGACUUCUCCCCACAAGAGCCCUAUGACCGGGGCCGGCUCGGCCGCAAUGCCCACUCCUGCUGCCUGCAGUGGAACGGACGCAGCUUCUCCGUCUGGUUCCACGGGCUGGAGGUGGCCCUGCCUGACCCCUUCUCUCCCACGGUCGGGGUCUGCUUGGAAUACGCUGACCGAGCCCUGGCCUUCUAUGCCGUGCGGGAUGGCAAGAUGAGCCUUCUGCGGAGGCUGAGGGCCUCCCGGGCCCGCCGGAGCGGCACCCCAGCCUCCCCCGUGGACCCCUUCCAGAGCCGCCUGGACAGCCACUUUGCGGCGCUCUUCACGCGCAGGCUCAAGCCUGCCUUCUUCCUGGAGAGCGUGGAUGCGCAUCUGCAGAUAGGGCCCCUCAAGAAGUCCUGCAUAUCCGUGCUGAAGAGGAGGUGAUGCAGGGGGCACAGAACUGCCCCGGGGUCUGGGGAGCUUGCUUCUCUGCACUCGCCUUGCCCCAGGGAAGGCACCGGCCUCAGAGUCCCACACAUUCCCCAGCCUUCUCCUUUCUAGAGGCCUCCACCUUCCAGAUACAUGGCCUUCCACCUCCAGGGAGGAGGCUCCCCAGUCCCUGUGCCCCUGCAGGCCUUGUUUCUGGGAGAAGGAGCCACAAAUCAGUCAGCCCCAGGCUGCCCUGACCCUUCCUCUCCCAGGUUCCCGGGCCAGUGCCUGGCACAUAGUAGGUGCUCAAUAAACAUUUGUUGAAUGACUAA